AUGGAGGAAGAGAAGCAAGCAGAGACCAUCAAGUCUCGAACCAAGAAGCAACAGUACAUUCUGUACGCUCGGCGAUUCAUCGCAUUUCCCGUGGUGACAGUCAUCAAUGCGAUUCUCCCGAAGCUGAUCUCGUUGUUGACGGCAAUUGAAAAAUGGGAUGACGUGGGUUUUGCCAUCAAAGCCAUGGUGACGCGCUUGUAUCUGGCCAAGAUCUUGAAUAUGCUCAUUCAGAUGUUCUCGUUUGCUCUUUUAUUGGACCCAUUUCUGCUUACUUCGACCCAAAAUAUUCUGAAUGUGAUCGCUUUCGACGGAUCUACCGUCUGUUGA